AGCAGAGCAGACCAGGUGCACUUUGCGCAGGCUGGACCGAGCAGUGCGGGGCUGGCAGGAGCUGGGGGAUGCCGGAGUGCUUGUGAGCAAACCGAGRAGCAGCCCCGGUCCUGCUAAUGCUGCCACCUCCUCCGGGACUGAGGAAAAAGAGCAUGCACUUCUUGCAGACCUUCCUCCGGUGGAGGGCACUCCGAGAYGAUGGCCCUUACUCGAAGGGGAGCAAGGACUCUGGUGGGAUGGACGCAGCCCUGGUCUCCAGGAGGCAAAGCAUCCCAGAGGAGUUCAGAGGGGUCACAAUCGUGGAGCUGAUUAAGAAGGAAGGAAGCACCCUCGGCUUAACCAUUUCAGGUGGCACAGACAAAGAUGGAAAGCCAAGAGUCUCCAAUCUGAGGCCAGGAGGACUGGCUGCAAGGAGUGACCAGCUGAACGURGGGGAUUACAUCAAGUCGGUGAAUGGCAUUAACCUGACCAAGCUGCGGCACGACGAGAUCAUCAGCCUGCUGAAGAAYGUGGGCGAGAGGGUGGUGCUGGAAGUGGAGUACGAGCUCCCUCCAGCUGUGCCAGAAAGCAGUGCUGGCAUUAUUCCCAAGACCAUUGAAGUGUCCCUCUACAAGGAAGGCAACAGCUUUGGCUUUGUGCUCAGAGGGGGAGCCCACGAAGACUGGCACAAGUCCAGGCCRCUGGUGCUCACCUACGUGAGGCCGGGCGGCCCCGCAGACAGGGAAGGGUCCUUGAAAAUUGGGGACAGGCUGCUGAGCGUGGAUGGGAUCCCUCUGCACAGCAUGACCCACGCUGACGCCCUCAACAUCCUGCGGCAGUGCAGCCAGGAGGCACUUUUCCAGAUCGAGUAUGAUGUGACCAUCAUGGAUACUGUAGCAAAUGCUUCUGGUCCUUUACUAGUUGAAAUAGCAAAAACUCCAGGGUCUACACUGGGGAUCACACUGACCACAGCCAUGCACCGGAACAAGCAGGUCAUYGUCAUCGACAAGAUCAAGCCGGCCAGUGUGGUGGACAGAUGUGGUGCGUUGCACGUUGGUGACCACAUUCUCUCCAUCGACGGCACGAGCACAGAGCACUGCUCCUUAUUAGAGGCAACUCAGCUUUUAGCUGCCACUUCAGAAAAUGUCAAGCUAGAGAUAUUACCUGUUCACCAAAGCAGGCUGCCUUUGAAGCCUCCAGAAACAGUCAAGGUGCAGAAGAGUGACCACCACCAUUGCUGGGACCCCUGUGUCAACUACUGUCACACCCACCACCCUGGACACUGCAAGACACCCACCUGGAACCAGACAUCUGCACAGGAUUACUGCAAAUCUCUGGUGGCCGCCAACUUCUCGUCUCCCACCAUGAACRCACAGGGAUUCCCGUGCCAGAACUCCAACACGCUACCUCGCAGCUCCCACCCCAUGAGCCCCCGCACCACCAUGCUGAGGAGGAGGCAGAAGAAGAAGGAGCACAAGAGCUCACUGUCGCUGGCCUCCAGCACGGUGGGUCCUGGCGGGCAGAUCGUCCACACAGAGACGACAGAGGUGAUCCUCAGGGGAGAUCCUUUGAAUGGCUUCGGACUCCAGCUCCAGGGAGGCAUUUUUGCUACCGAAACUCUGUCUUCCCCACCUCUCGUCCGCUUUAUUGAGCCUGACAGCCCGGCAGAGAGGUGUGGACUGCUGCAGGUGGGGGACAGAGUCCUUUCCAUCAACGGCAUCGCCACAGAGGACGGGACCAUGGAGGAAGCCAACCAGCUCCUGCGGGACGCGGCGCUCACCAACAAAGUGGUGCUGGAGAUCGAGUUUGACGUUGCAGAGUCUGUCAUACCCAGCAGCGGUACUUUCCACGUUAAAUUGCCCAAGAAAAGAGGUGUAGAGCUUGGAAUCACAAUCAGCUCUGCAAGCAGGAAGCUUGGGGAUCCUUUGAUCAUCUCUGACAUCAAGAAGGGGAGUGUAGCACACAGAACUGGCACCUUGGAGCCAGGAGACAAGCUGCUAGCCAUUGAUAACAUCCGGCUCGACAAUUGCUCAAUGGAGGAUGCUGUGCAGAUUUUAAGGCAGUGCGAAGACCUGGUCAAAUUGAAGAUUAGGAAGGAUGAAGAUAACUCUGAUGAGCAGGAGACAACUGGUGCUAUUAUCUACACGGUGGAGCUGAAGCGAUAUGGGGGUCCUUUGGGAAUUACCAUCUCUGGGACCGAGGAACCUUUUGAUCCCAUCGUCAUCUCGGGCUUGACUAAACGAGGGCUGGCAGAGAGAACUGGAGCCAUCCACAUCGGGGACCGGAUCCUGGCGAUCAACAACGUGAGYCUCAAGGGCAAACCACUGAGCGAGGCCAUUCACCUGCUGCAGAUGGCAGGGGAGACCGUCACCCUCAAGAUCAAGAAACAGACUGAGAAAUCCUACCCCAAGAAGUCGGGGAGCAUAAACGAAGUGAGUGACCCAGAAGAUGAGCUGACGGACUCCCAGAAAACCAGCAAGCUGUCAGAGAUCUACUCCACCACAAUUCCAAGCGUGGACAAUACUAUGGAGUCCUGGGAUGGCUCUGCCAUUGAUGCUGGGUAUGGAAGCCAAGGUACGUACAUACCCCAGGCUGCCGGCAUAGCCCUCCAUCCACAYGAGUGGAGACACAGCAGGCAAAAGAGCAGCACCCCUCCAGCAGACCCCAGGAAAAACUAUCCCUACAUGGAUGGAAGCUUCAGUGAAGAUGACUGGGACAAGCCCAGCAGAUACCCCAACCGCCAAAAUGGCCUUGAGACCACUCAUGAGGACAAUUUUUGGCGUGUUUUUGGAGAAGCUUUGGAGGAUUUGGAAACWUGCGGCCAGUCUGAACUUUUGAGGGAGAUUGAGGCGUCCAUCAUGACAGGGAGCGUGCACAACCUGGGCCUGGAGGGCAGCAAACUGCUCCUGGACUCUGUCAACCCCUCGGGAAUGAGCCCRCUGAGGAAAGCCAACCCCGGCUGCRCCGACGGACAGACUGAGGGCAGCGGCUCCYCUGCCAAGAAGAACGAGAGGAACCUGGAUGUGAAGAAGAUGGAGAAGGAGAUGCAGGAAAUCAUGUCCCCGACCCCCCUUGAGUUUCACAAGAUGACACUCCACAAAGACCCGGAGAGCGAAGAUUUUGGAUUCAGUUUGUCGGAUGGCCUGUUAGAAAAAGGUGUCUAUGUAAAUAUGGUCCGUCCGGAUGGGCCAGCAGAUCAGUGUGGCCUCAAGCCAUAUGACAGAGUGCUUCAGGUAAACCGCAUCCGAACGAGAGACUUUGACUGCUGUCUGGCCGUUCCCUUGAUUUCAGAGGCUGGAGAUAAGCUGGACCUGGUGAUUAGCCGGAACCCCUUGGCACUGGCUGCCAACGCUCCCUCGGAGGGGAACAGAGAGCUCCCGGCGCAGGUGCCCCGCGGCGCCGAGGUCAAGGCGAGUGUCCAGACGCUCUGAGCAGCGGGARCAGAGCAGGCCAUGCCUCUGCUGAGCUCUUGUGGUAUUUGGGGUGUUUUUCCUGUUUUUUUGCACUGGUAUUUGUAAAUGCUGUGUGUACCAUAACCUGCCCAUGGGAGGGGGUCUGCAGUGARCCUGUGGCCUGCCCACUAUUGCUGGGAAGGGCAGAGCUGCAUGCACGUCCGGGGCUGUGGCAGCGACGGCAGUGGGACAAGGAGCAUCCACAGCCAUCCCCCAUGGCAGGGCAGCCCCUGUGCUCCUGCCAUCGACAUCUUCCUCACCCUGAAAGGCCUUGGCCAUCCUACAGACACACAUGGUGCUAUUAUGUUCCUUGUUUGCCCAGUUAAUCGCAUACAGCAGGACUGAAAUGCCUUUCCUUUUAUGUUGUGCCCAGCUCCAUCCUUUCAACACWCCUGGCAAAUCAAUUCCUGCAGCCCCUUGCACUCUGGGUGCAGGACUGUGGAGGGAGCUGUUAAAAUAUUUCAAGAUGUCCUUGAGAGWGGCUAAAUGCAAUUCUUGUGCRAAAAUUGGUGUUUGCAGCCGUCUCMUGCCAGCUCCAUCCACAUUUCCUGCCAGGUCUGCCUCUCCUGUGGAUGGAUGAGGCACUGGCGUGGCUGAUUACCAUGAGCAGUGUUGUUACCUGUGCUCAGUAGUGACUGCAGAGUUAAGGCCAUACCCAAAGGCCUGGAGUACCYGCCUAAAUUCCCCAUUGUUUGUCUGAGUUUUGUGGAGAUCUCCUGCGUGCAAACCUGGCCUGUGCCUGGAAGUAAAGAGCAGGAUAGUGGAAUUCCCAGGGCUGCCCCUGAUGUUUUGGGUUGAUGAAACAUUGCUGUCCCUGCUGAGGCAGAGGCAYGCCAAGCCCUGGGCUGGGUGGUGGUUGUGUCCCUGUGUCCCUGGGGGYUGGCUGUGUGCCCCUUUGCCUGUUGCUGGCCUCUCGUAGCCCCGUGGCCGCUCCCCUCCUGCUUGAGAGCCCCUGGCCCAUGGAGCAGAGGGGCUGUGAUGUUUGCGUUGCCUGCCAUGUUUCCCACGUUAGCACUUUAUGAUGUUUGUGUCCUGGUGGCAGUGUGAGUUUGGCAUCGCUUUUCCCGGGCAAUCUUGGGCAGUGGAGCCAAGGGUUCACUCAGCCGGGCACGGCAGCUCCGGUGCCCGCUGCCCCUGUUCCCUGCUUGUCCCCUUGCUCCCUGCCCAGCUGGCAGCCGUGCUGUGUGCUGGGUGCUGUGUGCAGGGUCCUGGGUGCAGGGUGCUGUGUGCUGGGUGCUGUGUGCUGGGUGCUGGGUGGGUGCACAGCACAUGUGUGUGGCUUUGCUGAGCCAGGACCCGUCCCUGCACCGUCUGUCCCCGACAUCCCCCUGUGCCCACAGCGGAUCCGGGUGUUUCCUCCAGGCACGGCCCCAUCCCUCUCUGUCUUGUAGCCAUUUUCUCUUUGAGUAUGCAAUACCCCGUACCAUUGCUGCCACAACUACAUAACGUGCCAUAAUUGAUACUGUGGAGCAUUGACAGCGCRGCCGAAAGUGUUUUUAUAUGCAAUAUUCUGAGCAGUGGAAGCUCACUGGAGCUUCUCAUAGGUUUUUAAUGAAGACUUUUAAUAAAGGCUUUAAAAAAAAAAAAAGGAAGAAGAAAACCUGGUCCUUGUAUCCCUUCCUAUGCAUUUUGAAUGAUAUGAAGAUGAAAUGCAUUACUUAAAUGUGUAUUUUUAUCCAUAUAUUAGAGUGUAUUCCUUGUAAAGUAUUUUUAUAUGCURAUUUUCUUAUGUAUCUAUGAAAGCACAAUAUUUAAAAUUACAGCAUUUCAAAGAAUAUUUUAGUCCUGUUUUGGACCUAUUUGUAAAUCUCUGUAUUUAAAUGGGAUUGGAAUGACUUUGACUUUUUUUUUUUAAUUAAA